ACCCGCUUGGGUCCCCGGCGCCGGCUUCCUUGCUGCCCCUUCUGUGCGAUGCGCCAGUUCAAUGGCUCCCCCGAGGUGGAGGGAGAGAAGGCGAAGGAGCAGCAGCAGCAGCAGGAAGAAGAGGAAGAUUGUCCCGAGCUGGUUCCAAUAGAGACGCAGGAGGAGACGUCUCGGUCCCCGAGCUCUGGCGCUAAGAUCCCAGUCACAAUUAUCACGGGCUAUUUAGGUGCUGGGAAGACGACUCUUCUUAAUCAUAUUUUGACAGAGCAACAUGAUAAGAAAAUAGCAGUUAUCUUGAAUGAGUUUGGAGAAGGGAGUGCAUUGGAGAAAUCCUUAGCUGUUAGUCAAGAUGGAGAACUCUAUGAAGAAUGGUUGGAACUCAGGAAUGGCUGCCUCUGCUGCUCAGUAAAAGACAAUGGCCUGAAAGCUAUUGAAAAUUUGAUGCAGAAGAAGGGAAAGUUUGACUACAUACUGUUAGAAACUACUGGAUUAGCAGAUCCUGGUGCCGUGGCGUCCAUGUUUUGGGUUAAUGCUGAAUUAGGGAGUGACAUCUAUCUUGACGGUAUCAUAUCUCUGGUGGAUUCAAAAUAUGGACUUAAGUAUUUAACAGAAGAAAAAGCUGAUGGACACAUCAAUGAAGCAGCCAGGCAGGUUGCUUUGGCUGACCUAGUAAUCAUCAACAAAACAGACUUGGUUUCAGAAGAAGAAUUGAAUACAUUAAAAGCAGCUGUCAGGUCAAUAAAUGGACUAGUAAAAAUUUUAGAAACCCAAAAAUCAAGAGUUAAUCUUUCUAGUGUACUAGAUUUACAUGCUUUUGACAGUCUCUCUGGGACAAGUUUUCAGAAUAAACUUCAACUUGUGCAAACAAGUCAUCCACAUCUAGAUAUGAGUAUUGUUACAGUCACAUUUGAAGUACCAGGAAAUUCAUCUGAAGAAAAUCUAAAUGUUUUUAUUCAGAAUCUUCUCUGGGAAAAGAAUGUGAAAAAUAAGGAUGGUUGCUCCAUGGAAAUCAUACGACUCAAGGGGCUGGUGUCUUUCAAAGACAAAUCACAUCAAGUGAUUAUCCAAGGUGUCCGUGAAUUGUAUGAUCUGGAAGAUACCCCCGUGAAAUGGAAGGAGGAUGCUGAGAGAACUAAUAGAUUGGUACUGAUCGGCAGGAACUUAGAUAAGGAUAUCCUUCAACAACUAUUUAUAGCUACUGUGGCAGAAACAGGAAAGCUGUUGACACUGUAUUACAAAGAAGAUCAAGUCUGCAUUUAACACCAAAGCAUUUCUAAUCAAAAAAGGUGGAUGAUACACAGCGCAAUAAGUUUCCUGUUGUACAGUUAAUACAUCUAUCUCUUCUUCCUCCAAGAUUGGUGUAAUUUCUGUUCUGAAUUCCAAACUGGUGUUUAAAGUAUUUUCUUUUAUGUAAUACAUGAAAUAAAAUACUAGAAAUUGGCACUGUAAAAAUGUUGGCAUUGGUACAAUGCAGUAAUAACAUCUUGUAACAUGCACCAAAAAUUUCUAAGUCGAUGCAGUGUUCACUUGUUGGAAGUUGCUUCUCAGUGGCAACUGAGAAUGGAUAUAGAGCAUAGUUAUGACUUUCUCACCCUGAGAAGUUGUUUAUAAUAAAAAUACAUUUUAUUCUGGGAAUUCAAAUUAUUUCAAUUCUUAUAACACUAUUAAUAAAAGUGCUUGUAUUUAUGGUUAACGCUAAAUUUAGCGACCUUUAUUCAAUUCCCACAAUAAUGUGAGAGCAUUUAGUCAUUGGUGUGAGGUAGGCAAGGGACAGAUAGUGUCAUUUUUAUGAAUAAAAAAUUGAGGUAUAGGGAGAUUAAAUGAAAUGCUCCAUUAAUAAAGUCAGCAAUGGAGCAGAGACUAGAGCCCAGAACUGAUUCAUGGACCGAUACCAGUCAUGCUGCUGCCUCUCUAAUCUAGAUAGUAGUUCUUGAGGCAUGCUGGCAGACAGUGUGAUAAAGUAGGUUCAGCUUUGGUCUUAAAUCUUAGUAAUUAUGAAUUUAUUAGUUGAUAGGCAUUGAUAAAUAUUUAUAAAUGUGAUGUCUAUAGUCAGCAGAGUGAGGUGGAGAAAAGGGAUAUAAUAUUCUAUUGGAGAUUACUGAAUUUUCUUCUACUUUAAACUGCAUCUUCUAACUCUGCUUUUGGCAUUUUUCAAAGGAAUGCCUGCCUUGAGUCUAUCAAUUUGAUUUUGUUCAAAUUGAAAAAGGCAACUUGAGGGGUAAAGGGAAGGAGGAAAAAAUGUAUUUUCAUCCAAGUAGGCAUUUGACUAGCAAAACAAAAUGAAUGAGAAAGAGAAGGUUGGGGUUUUUUUUUAACUAAAACCUGUUCAAAACCAUUUGCCCUUGGGCUAUGACAUGAUAGUAUCAAUUCCUGAUUAUUCGAGGGCUGCUUGUCCAGAUUGGGCAUAAUCUAUGUCCUUUGCUUCAUCCACUUCUUUUGGCUACUUGCCUUCUAGACUCUUCUCUGCUUGUUUGCAUAUGCACUGAGGAGAAUGGGCAGUGAAAAAUGGCAAAAUGCAAUUCUAAGUUCAUUUAUGGGAGGAGUUGGAAACUAAUGGUUAACAUGAGAUUUUUGAAUACCUGUGGAUUAUGAUUAUUCUAUCCCCAAACUCCAUUAGCAUGGGAAGAUAUGUUGUUUACAUUUCACUUAAAAAUUCAAAUCUACCUCAUUUUGGAAGACAUCAAUGCCAAAAUUUUUAAUAAAUUCAUUAUCUCCCAGAUAACAGAUUACUUUUUGCCUAUCACUUUAUUAGUUUGCCUCUAAUUGGAGCACCACAACACAGAUACUUGAAAUUAUCAAGGAAAGUGUUUCCAGAUGGAAAUUGUCCUGCUCAUUUAUUGAUGAAGACUGAAAAGUUGGUAGGCCAAACCUCCUGUUCCCCUUAGUUAAUGAUUGUUAAAUUUAAAUGUGAUUUUGGUAUUUAAAAAAAAUAUGGUUUCUGCAGUAGAAUA